AUGGCUAAUCAACAUGCUGAAAACCAUGACAAGAUUGAUUUCUGCACUCUGGGAAUGUUCAUCAUAGAUGAGAUCGAAUUUCCCCCGCCAAAGCCUACAGUCAAGGACAUCGUCGGAGGAGCAGGGUCGUACUCGGCCUUGGGCGCGCGUAUCUUCUCCCCUCCACCACAGUCGGAAUCCGUGGGCUGGAUUGUAGAUUGCGGAUCUGAUUUUCCGCCUGAGUUGCGCGACUUUAUCGCGCAAUGGAGAACUGGUGUGCUAGUACGCGAAACGCCUGAACGGUUGACUACGCGAGGCUGGAAUGGUUACACUGGCGAAAAUGAGCAUCGAGACCACGAAAGUCUGAUUGGUACCGAUCUACUAUGGUCCAAGUCAUUUCAUCUGAUCUGUUCGCCGUUACGCUGCAUCGAUCUGAUCGAGAACAUCAUUGCACUACGCAAACAGGGUUCCAGUUCGACUGAUGUUCGGCGCCCCGUGUUUAUCUGGGAGCCUGUUCCUGAUUUAUGCACACCCGCAGAGUACGAGAAUUGCCUAAAGGCGCUCAAGUAUGUUGAUGUGGUCAGUCCGAACCACGGAGAGCUUGGCGGCUUCUUCGGCAGGAACACGGACGGAAAGGAGUUUGUGGACUUCCGAACAAUUGAGAAGCUGUGUAGUCAGUGGCUGGACAGUGGAGUUGGUGACGGCAAUGGCGGGGUUGUCGUACGUUGUGGGAAAGAUGGCUGCCUGGUAAUGCGCAGAGGACUGCGUAAAUGGAUGCCUGCAUACCAUCAGUCAGCAGAGAAAGUAGCCGAUCCGACCGGAGGAGGCAACAGUUUUCUGGGAGGUCUGGCGGUUGGCCUACUCCGCGGUGGCUCCUUGUGCGCACCAGAGAAUCUCGAGGAAGCCGCGAUCUGGGGGACCAUCUCGGCGAGCUUUGCCAUUGAGCAGAUAGGCAUGCCCGUUCUCUCACAGUCAGGGGACGGGGAAACGUGGAACGGUGUUGGUGUCCAAGACAGGCUUUCAGAUUUCAAGCAGCGGCUGGCUAGUUAUGUACAGCCUUAG